GACGUCCACCACCCCCUACACGAAGGAGGAGGAGGAGARGAUGGCCGCCCUUCUACAGGAGAAGAAGGAGAAGAAGGAGGCCAAGAAGAGGGCCUUGAAGGAGGAGCAGGCGGCCAAACUGAAGAAGAUGGAAGAAGAAAUGGCCAGAGAGAAAGAGAGGUUGAAAAAGGAAGAAGAAGAGAAGCUAAAGGAGAUGGAUGAAGAAGAGGAAGGACCGCCACUGCAAAGGAGUAGUGGGCAGCCCAGUAGUAAUACCGGUGGAAACCUGGAGAAGAGGAUCUCUGAAUGGGUUGCCAACCUGACUGUGGGAGAAGAGGAAGAGGUUAGUAUGUACAUCCCGCAGGAUCAGCAAGAAGCCGCCAUGAAGGCUUGGGAGGUAGAGAAAGACCCUCUGAAACGUCAAGCGUUGGAAGACGAGAAGAAGAUGGAAUGGAAAUUAGCGGUGAUGAGGGAGAAGAAGAGGAGAAUUGACAAGGCAGCGGAGGCGGCAGAGGCCUUAGAAGAGGUGAAGAACAUAGAGACGCAAUUAGCCGCCAAGCCCGAUCUCCCGAAUCAGAUCAGAAAUCAGGACAUAGUUGUGCGCUCGAUACGAUUGGGCUUUCGAGACUUUGCUCGUGAGUUGGUAGGUGCCGUUGGAGUCGAGGUGGGUCACCGCCUCGACAAGACUGAGCGGUUCWGYGCCGGCGCCAUUGAAGGCGUCAAGGCGGCAGCUCCCAAGSAGGAGGAAGCACGUCCUCCUCGCCGGGAGCCUGUCAAAGUCAAGUUCCCCGAUUCCUACAGCGGGAGGAGGGAAGAAAACUUUGAUAAUUGGGAGGCCAACGUUAAGACCUAUGUGCACUUGCAACAGGUCUCCCUAGAUCAGCAAGUCUUAAUUGCUAUCCACGCACUGAGAGAUGAGGCCGCCAGUUUUGCAAGGUCCCUAGUUCGCGCUGCCAACUGUAGUGAUGAUCCCGUUGCGUACUCCUCAUUUACGUCCCUCACCGAAUUUCUGAAGUUGCUGCGCGAGCGAUUUGCUGAUGUYGUUCGCGGUGUCAAGGCCUCAGACAAGCUCCAAACCAUCCAUUCUCGUAAAUGGAAGAGUGCCAGGGCACUCAAGGGUACAAUGGAUGAGUUGGUGGCCGUCCCUAACCAUGGGGUCACAGAGGGCCAGUUGGUCAACCUCUUUUACCGGGCUAUGCCCGAAGCCUUUCGAGGGCAGUUCUUCGCGGAAAGCGAAGACCCUGCCACCACUUACGAUUCCCUUAGUCGUGAGGUGGUGGCUUUUGAAGCAAAGUCAGUGUCCCUGUCUACCUUCUGGCACAAAGACUUGGACAGGGGUAAGCAAUGGAAAGGCCGCACUAUCUCAGGGCAGGUAAAAACCAAUGAUAGCCUUGUCCUGACCUUAGAUGAGGGUAGUGUGGAUGAGAUUCCCUACGACCAGAUUGAGUGGGGAUUAGAGGAGGCGGACAGCGGCGUGGGCCAAGGGAGAUCUUACGCUGCUGUCGCGGCUGGAGGGAGGCCGCAAGGAGGAMGAGGCCAGGGCCAAGGGGGCCGGGCCUCAGGGAGUCGAUUUCAGGGCGAUCAGGGGGYUGGCGGCAGAGGAGGAAACCGCCAAGCGGGAGGCAGGGGUCAAG